CAAGGAAAUUAAAUAUAGGUUCUUAUUAAUACCGGAACUGUGUAGUCAGCCACUAGUUACUAAUAUUUUGAUUGAAUAUCAUUCACGAAAAUGGAAUGAUUCACCUGUCUAAUGGCCUUCGUCAAUGAUGACCAGUUUACAAAACGAUUUCUUCAGAAUGAAAUUACUGCCUCUGCAUAUGAAGCUGCUCAGAGACCUUUUACCGAAAGUAUCAGGAGAAAUCCUGAUGCUGCUUUGGCAUUAAAACUUCAAAAAAGAGAAGUGCAGACACCAUUACCUCCAAUUAUUGACGAAGACAGUGAACUCAUUGCAUUGCAGCUGCAAGAACAAGAUCAUCUUGAGCAAGAGCUCCACGAUGCAGAGGUUGCCCAAAGAAUAGCGGACGGAUGGCAAAGGCAAAAUGAGGAUGGACAAGUUCCCCAUGCAAAUGAGGGUGGAAGAGUUCCCCGCCUAAAUGACGGUGGACGUGUUCCCCGGCUAAAUGAGGCAUUAAACAGCAUGCAUAGAACACGACCAAGCAAUGAGAUGAACUUCAGUAGAACGGUUCGUGCGCCAUCUAUGAUGGGAACACUUCCAUCUAGUUCAGGGUUACAUGUGUUCGGUCCCGGCACAUUAAUAGACAGCAGCUCAGACGACACAGAAGUAGACGGAGAGCCCUCCAUACUUCCUAGACCAAGACCUAGACUACAACACCAUAGAAGAGGACCGGAUCAGAACAGAUUUCAAAGGAAUACUAGGGCAGAUGAAAACGGACAGAGACCUGGCCUACAGCCUUUGCCAGGCAUGUUUCGGUUUAGAGAAAAUAGAGAUGAUAUACCAGAUCGCGAACAAGAACAGCGACACGACAUAGUGCAACCCCCAAUUUACAGGAAUCCGUACAAUCCAUUAGCAAGGUUAAUGAAUUAUGGUGGUUAUCACAGGAAUCCCAUCCAGAACCGCAAUAACAGGAUUCCUUUUAGGAGUGAUGAUAUAGAUGUUGAUGAUUAUGAGGCCUUAUGGGAGUUACAAGAAAGAAAUGGCGAUGUGCGUAGUAAAGGACUAAAAGCAGAAGAAAUAGGACGAAUACCUUGUCACAAAUUCAAAUCUACUCCAGGACUAUAUAAAACUCUUAAAAGUGAUAAAAAUUCAUGUAGUAUAUGCCUAAAUGAAUACAAAGAUGGAGAAAGUAUAAAAACGUUGCCGUGUUUUCAUUCUUAUCAUAAAACAUGCGUAGAUAAAUGGUUAAUGAGUCAAGCUGUGUGUCCAGUUUGCAGAGGGAAUAUCAAAACACAUUAAUGAAUAUUAUUUGCUAUUAUUUAUCAUUCUUUGGUUGAGUAGACAAUGUUGAAUUGUUCUAAGUUGUUCUUAGAUUUUUUUAUUCCACUUUUUUUUGUUACAAUGAUUAUACAAUCCGAAACUUUCAAUGCGCUCUUUGUGAAGCUUUAGUACUCAAACUUUUUUUCCGAAAGUUGCAUAUUUUAUUUUUAGAAAAUGAAUUGAAAGUGAAAGUGAAACCAAUAAUUCAUUAGAUGUUUACAUCUAUCAUUUUCGUUUAACUGUAUUAUUUUCAAUUGGUUACUUGUCAUAAUUAUUUUAUUCUUAUGUUAUUUUCUAGUGUAAUUACACUGAUGUCCAUGUAGCUAUCAAAUAAAAGAUCCAAAACCA